GGUAUUGGAAAAUUGAAAGGAGUGAAGGUGAAACUUCAUAUUGAUGAGACUGUAGUUCCAGUGGCCCAAAAGCACAGAAGGGUACCAUUCCAUUUAAGGGAUAAAGUCGAAGCUGAACUGUCUCGUCUCGAAAAGGCAACCAUUGAGGCCGUACAUUCUGCCACUGAUUGGAUUUCACCAAUAGUGAUAUCUCAAAAGAAAGACUCAAACGAGAUCAGAAUGUGCGUGGAUAUGGUUGAACCUAACCGGGCUAUCAAGAGGACCCGGCAUGUUAUUCCAACAAUAGAAGAGCUAAGUCAUGACCUCAAUGGAGAUAUGUUCUAA